AUGGCGGCAAUAAGUUCCUUUGCUCAACUUCUAAUUUCAGCCCAGUCAGCCCCAGACCCACAAACCCGUGCUUCAUCUGAGCAAAUCAUCCAAAGCUUGACUCAGACUCAGCCUGCUCAAUUUCUCUAUGACCUUUCCUCUGAGCUUUCUAAUGAGCAGUCUUCCAAGCUUGCCCGUCAAAUUGCAGGUCUCACCUUAAAAAACACAAUUCUUAACGUCAAGCAAGAGGCAUUUCUUGACCGUCUAUGAAUAAGUCUCCCUCCAGAUUCCAAAGCGCAAAUCAGGAAUAAUACACUAUGCACCUUGGCCACCCAAGAUCGCGAUGUCCGACUUGCUGCAGCUCAAGCAGUCGCCUGUAUCGCCAAGCUUGAUAUCCCUUUAGGAGAAUGGCCUGAUAUUUUAGGAAUCCUUAUUAAUAAUGCCACACAUCAAGAUCUCAAUGUGAAAAUGAUAUCUUUGACUACCCUUGGAUAUAUAUGUGAAGAACUCCCUUCAAGCUGUAUAACCAAGGUUACAGCUGACCAAAUUUUGACUGCUAUUUGUGCGAAUUUUUCAGACGAAAACUGCAAAGAUGACUUAAAAAUCAUCGCGAUCCAAGCUUUGAGGAAUUCCUUACCAUUUACAAGAAAUAAAAUGGUGACUUUGACGGAAAUUGGACUCUGAGGCGCACUCCCUAUGGAGCAGUAGGACUCAUUCUGAUGAAGUUGAAAACUAGGGUUUCUGUCCCUCUUACAGUAGGCCUUUAGGCUUUUGUUUCUUCUUCAAGGGUUUCCUGUUCCUGCCAGAUGGCUAGACAGAUUUUGCCUACUACAUGGUCUUUCCUCAUUUAGACCAUUGGGGAACUGGACAGACGAUGGCUCCGCCCAUGGGAGCUGAUCCCCUGGACAUAUGGUUCAGUUCGGAAAUCCAAAAUGGCACCGGGCGAGAAUUACGGUAGCAUCAGAUCUCGUUCUGAGGGUUGUUUUGGAGCCGAGAUGGGGCAAUGGCUUGUGGGUUACUGAGCUCUUAUUUUAAUUUUACCAUUCACGCAUGAGAAUUUUCAAAAAGCUAAUGAAAGAGAAUAUAUAAUCAAUAUCCUAUGCGAUUUGUGCACAAACCCUAAUUUAAAUAUCAGAAUUUCUGCUUUGCAAGUUUUAUGUGAUAUUGCUGGGCUCUAUUAUGAAUAUUUACAGACUAAUUUAAUGCAGCUAGGAACUGUGACGUAUUCUACUAUAAGGCAGGAUGACCCAAGAGCUGCUGUGCUGGGCGUGGAGUUUUGGAAUGUAAUUGCAGACAUUGAAAACCUGAAAAUCGAAAAUAAUUUCCCUGUGCUUGGGUUUAUCAAUACAGCUGCAGAUACACUUAUACCGAUUUUGUUAGAAAAAAUAGCGAUUUUUGAAGACGAUGAUGAUGAAUGGAACCUGCAUAAGGCUGGGUCUACCACAAUAGGAGCAGUUUCUCAAAUUAUUGGAGACUCCGUGGUAGAUAAAGUCGCUUCUUAUAUCCUUUCUCAUAUAGAAUCUCCUAAUUGGAAAGAACGUGAAUCAGCAGUCUUAGUUUUUGGGUCUAUUUUAGAUGGCCCAGGGCACCAACCCAUCAGCAGACUAAUGCAAAAUAUUUUACUCCCCCCCCCCCCUCCGUGAGCGAACAAAAAAAUUUUGUUCGCUCACGGAGGGGGGUUAAUUUUUUUUUUUAAAAAAAAUUUAUAUAUAAAUUUUAUAAAAAAUAUUUUUUUCGAAAUUUAAAAAAAAUCCUAAUUUGCAAAAAUUGGGAAGCAAAUAUUAAUUUAAUUUGCAAAAUUUAUGUUUUAAAACGCAAUUUUGUUUAAAAUUAAACAGAAUUAGCUCUAGAUUUCAUUAUACUAAUUAUCACUUAUAUAUCAAAAUUUUUUUCCAUUAAAAUUUUUUUAUUAAAAAAAUUUUUGUUCACUCAAGGAGGGUGGGUUUUUGGUCAAAAAAUGGCGAUUUUUCUAAUGGUUUUGUUCGCUCACGGAGGGGGGGGGGGGGAGUUAGGAAAUUUAUUACAGCUAUUAAAAGAUGACGUAAAAUCAGUCAAAAAAACAACAGCAUGGGCUUUAUCAAAGCUGUGUGAAUUCCACAGUCUUUGUAUCCUAAAUGAUCCAUCCUUUUUGCAGAUUGUCCAUGAGCUACUAGAGGCUUUGAAAUCUCACCCACUUAUAGCUUCACAUUGCUGCUGGGCUGUAAUAAAUUUAGCUGAAAAAUUAGAAGGGUAUAAUGUGUUUACUGACUCUCACUCCUUUAAAUUUGAGCAAAAUAUCGGUAAAAUUUCCAUUUUUUAAUUAUAACCCCUUUAAAUUUGAAAGCCUAUAUAUGAAAAUAUUAAAUUUUAUAAAAUUAGCUUUGACCUAAUUUAUUAAAAGAGUGAAGUAGAGAUAAUUUAAAAAGUUUUCAUAAAGAAUGAUUAAUUUUUAAAUUAAUUCUCUAUAAAAAUAAUUAUAAAAUUCAAAAGCAUUACGUUGAAUUUAACAUUUGAAAAAUUAUUUUUUAUAGAGAAAAUCUUAUUAUAAAAAAAUAACCACCUUUAAAAUUAGAACAAGAUUUUUUGUUCUAAUUUAAAGGAGGAUCGGAGUAAAGAUCAUGUGGAUGCUAUGAUUAAUGCUUUUUUGAUAGCCGCUAAUAGACCUGAUGCGAUUGGGCACGACUAUAACUUGCAGAUUUCUUCUUUUAGUGCUAUAAAUACUGAGACAAUCAUGCAAAAAUCGCAAAAAUGCAAAUGCUUUUCCAAUUUUUGCAAAAACCCAUUUGAUUUUUGCAUUUUUGCAAGUUCUCCCUAUAAAUACUAUUAUCGAAAAGUCUGGGAAAGAUUCAGUGAAAUUAAUAGAGUCAAAAAUUCCGCAUUUUAUUAUAAUGCUGAAAAAAACACUGCAUUUGGGAAAUAUACUAUAGGAGUAAAAUACUAUCUAUUUUAUUAGUAUUAAUCUAAUAUAAGCAAUUAUUUAAAAGAAAUAUACUGAACAUUUGCAAGCUUAUCUGUGCUCAGCAUUACAAACCUGCUUUGGCCGAUCUUCAACAGGAGCAGUCUCUGAUGCAGACGCAAGAGAAUUCAUGGACACUAUUUUACAAAUUUUCAAAGUCCGAGGGACAGUUAUAGAAGAAGGAAUCCAAGCUAUUGGAGCUCUCGCUCAGAACAUCGAAACCAGAUUCGAGCCUUUUGUGCAGCCCUUCCACCAAUACUUGCUCUGGGCACUUAGCAACCAAGAGAUUUCUUCCAUCUGCAAAGCCGCCACAAUGAGUGUAGGUGACCUUGCCCGUUCUCUAGGACAAAGGCUUUCCCCUUAUAUCCAUGAUAUAAUUCCUAUAUUAUUGCGCAACCUAGAAAGCAAUAUUGUAAGUACUGAUGUAAAAAUUAUGAGCAUUGAAGCCAUGGGAGACUUAGCCAGCAAUACCAGAGGGAUAUUUAGCCAUUAUCUCAAUCAGGUUUUACAGUAUAUAGAAGGUGCUGCAAAUUUGAGUGUAAAAGAAUUCCAAGAUGACAACCCAGACCUGAAGGAGUAUUUAUUGCAGCUUAGAGAAGCAAUCAUUGAAUUUUAUGUGGGACUAAUACAAGGGCUACAUGAGACAAAUCAGACUGAUUCAAUUUUGCUGAAAAUUCCGAAUAUUAUUCAGUAUACAUUAAUUUGUGUAAAUCAAAAGCACACACCUUCUUAUGCGGUGCAUUCAGCUGCACUGGGACUGUUAGGAGAUAUCGCAAAUGCUUAUAGGAAAAAGGUAGCUGAACACUUGAAAAAUCCGAAUGUGUUUGGAUAUUUGCAAAUGCAUAAAGAAAAAGGAGAUCCGAGGUUGAAAGAAAUGGCUGAGUAUUCUCUAGGUCAAAUUAGUGCCAUUUAA